CUGUUCACUGCCACACAGACGCUAAUGGAGAGUAGACGUCGCGCCUUGAGCCUCAGUGUCUAAUUUUCACUGUUUUCUCCUCCUUGAGACGUUUCUCCUCAUACAUCACCUCCAUCAUACAUACAUCACCACCUAGGCUGGAGGAAAGCCUGUUCUUGCUGACUCAGGGAGUUGUCUGGGUAUUUCGUGAUGCCAGUUCAGGCAGAUGGCCCAGAAGAUUACAAAGCAAAGUAUAAGACCCUGAAGAGAAAGUUAAAACUUCUUAUUUAUGAAAAUGAGUGCUUCCAGGAGGAAUUACGAAAAGCCCAGAGAGCACUCCUGCGUGUACGACGGGACAAAUCUUUCCUUCUUGAUCGCCUUUUACAGUAUCAACGAGGCCCAGACUCUUCUUCUGACUCGGAUCAAACAGAAGAGUCUGAUACAGAAACUGAUACAAAGAUAGAAGCAAAGAGCUGCAGAAAACGUUUGAGCAUGGAGGGAUCUACUAUUGGGUCCUCCAACUCCCAAGGCUCACUGUCUAAGCCACCUUCAAAGAAGAAAAAAUCAAGUAGCAACAGCAGCAACAGUACCACCACCAGUGUCAGCAAAUCCAGCAAACAGAGUGGGAAACAGAUACCCUUGGGCACAGCUAUUGUAGGUAGUAAUAGUGGUAAUAGUAGCAUCCAAGCAGCUUCCAGUUCCAGUGGUAUCAGCACCAGUACUAACAGCACCAAUAGCCCUAGCAGCACACCCACAGUGCGGAAAUUAACUAGCUCGCACAUGCUUCCUGGGUCAGCAGCCGUGUUGUCUGCACGUCGCCAUGUUACUGGAAGUGGUGCCAGUGGCACACACACAAAUGAUGGGCAACUGAGCAGAGAGGAAGUAGAACGGCGCCUUGCUGCCAGACAACCCAUGAAUGACUUCACAACUACAACAGUGUCACUUACCUUGCCCAAUCAGCUUUUUUCAGACAAUAUUAUGGAGGGGGACUUCAUGGAAGAAGAAGUAGAAACCUCACCCAGUAAUAUUGAUGACGAUGUCACAAUAGACAAUUAUGACUGAACAGGAAUUAAAUUCACCACAAGCACACUGGCAUUGCAGUUAACACUGGGUAAAUAGUCCCCUCAGAAAAAGGCAUUCAAAAAACUUUUUGAGUAAAAGUUGUUCCUAAGUGUU